AUCCACGACAUGCGAGUGUGGAGAAGAGCAAACCACUGACCACCUGCUGCAAUGCAACCUGAGCCCUGCCACAUGCACAAGGGAGGACCUUCUUGCGGCAACACCAGAGGCACUCCAAGUGGCCAGAUACUGGUCAAAGGACAUUUAAUCAACUACCAAGUUUGCAAAAUUUGUGUUUUUUUAUCUGUUUGUUUGUUUUGUUCUGUUAGAAAUGUAAUACAAUGUUCUGGUUGCGGAUGACACGAUAAAUAAACCUAAAGGCCUGAUUUGCUCCAGGACACAUUCAUUGGUGGUCUUGGAGGCUCUGACUAAUGGCCAUCCAAGGAGGGAGCUCCAAGAACCCCGAAGCCGGCUCUUCUCCGCUCUUGGGCCAGCGCAAGUGAGGUCAUAGUUCUCCUUUGUGAUGACAGCUUGAGCCUCAAGUUCCACAUUGCUCCCACAUCUUACAGGUUGACCUUGUGGGUCAGCAGUUUGAGGAUCUCUUGGAGAAACAUGUCGAGCAGAAGCAAGUCGGGAGGCAUUCCUAGUCCUCCAAGGGCCAAAAGCACGGGGGCUUUAUCUUCCAAACACUCAAGGUCCAGACUCAGCCGAGCAAGAACAAGGACACGUUCCUCUGAACAUGCCUUGGUCCAACCAUCCAGAUCCUGGACUUCUUGGGUGAGGUCAGAAACUCCAGAACAACAUUCUCAAAGAGCGGUGGUCAUCGAUACUGGGACCGGGGCAUGUAAAGCCGGGUUUGCGGGUCAAGAGAUUCCCCAAGUGUCCAUCAGAACAUUUAUUGGACAUCUAACAGGGAAGACUUGGCCGGAUAUAUUGAAGGGAGAGGUGGACAUCAGUUUGCCAGUAAGGCACGGGGUCAUUGUCGAUUGGGAGGCUGCCGAUUUCCUUUGGAAGCAACUCUUCUCGGAGCUGAACGCCUUACCGGAAGAACACGCACUCCUCAUGUCCGACCCUCCGCUGUGUCCAAUCACCAACCGAGAGAAGCUGGUAGAGGUGGUCUUCGAGUCUCUUAACUCCCCAGCCAUGUAUGUAGCCUGCCAGUCGGUGCUGUCUGUCUACGCCCACGGCAAGACCAGCGGCUUGGUGGUUGAAACGGGCUAUGCCACAACCCACACAGUGCCCGUUUACCAGGGCUACAACCUCCCGCAUGAGACGGAAAGGAUGGACAUCGCCGGGAGCAACAUGACGUCCUAUUUGAUGGACCUCCUGAAGGACAAGGGGUACUACUUGGACGACCAGAUGUUGGAAGACAUCAAGCACAAGUGCUGUUACGUUGCUCUCAAUUCUGAGGCCGAAACAGAAUCCCCAGCAAGCUACCAACUGCCUGAUGGACAUGUCAUCACUUUGGGGAAAGAGCGGUUCCAGUGUCCGGAGCUACUGUUCCACCCACCGCAGACCCCAGGGCUUUCUCUUGUGGGCAUCCACGACAUGGCCCUACGGAGCUUGAGGAAGGUCCCCGAAGAGUGCAAGAAGGACAUGUAUGAGAACAUCCUCUUGUGCGGAGGUUCGUCCCUCUUCGAAGGCUUCGAAGAGAGGCUCACGCGUGACAUCAUGACAGGCGAGACCACUAAUGCCAAAGUAAAAGUGGCCGCCAUUCCGUUGCGGCAGUACUCCGUCUGGACUGGAGGCUCUCUUCUGGCCUCCUUGACAAACUUCCAGACGUGUUGGGUCUGGAAGGAGCACUACAAUGAACACGGCCCAUGCAUUGUCUACAAGAAAUGCUACUGAGAUUAAAAGGAUGGGGGAAAAGGAGCUGGAAAUAAAACUCAUAUAUGUUUACAGAAACUUGGAAUGUGGCUUGAAGUUAUUGUCGUUCAGCUUAUGGCAAAGGAAAGCCUCCAAGAUAUCACCCCUGCCCUUGUAAACCCAGAAUUGGGGUUUCUUCAUCCUCUCCA